AUGACAGAGAACAACCCCUCCCCCGAUUACUCCCGCCCGCAAUUCCCUCCCCAUAAUGAGUCCCGAGUAUGGGUGAUCACCGCGGGGGACUCGCCCGUUGGGAUUUCGGUUGCGCGCCAGAUCCUUGCGCAUGGGGACUGCGCUCUUGUCGGCCUAUCAUACUCAAAUCUCGAUCGCGAUGAAUGCCGCCGGGAUAUGUUUGAGGCCUUCCUGGCCGAAGUUGAAGCACACCGCGAUGAGGGAUGGCCAGACCGUUUCAAGGCUGUCCAGUUGGAUAUAAGGAUAGUUGGAGAGUGUCAAGCAGUCGUUGCCGAAGCAGUUGCGACAUUCGGGAGGAUGGACAUUCUGCUCUGUUGCACCAGUCAAGCGCUCGUUGGAACCGUUGAGGAGCUUGCGGCCUCCCAACAGACCUUAAACCUCGUCCGCGACCAAUUCGAGAUCAAUUAUUUCGGUCCACUCAAUAUCAUUAAGGCAUCACUGCUUCACAUGAGACGGCAGAAGUCGGGCCAUGUCAUGAUCGUCUCUGGAAUCACCGCUCAUAUUGGCACCCCCGGCCUUGGGAUGUACUGCGCUGCAGGCUGGGCCCUCGAGGGAUUCUGCGAUAGCCUCGCGUACGAAAUCGCUCCAUACAACGUCAAACUCACAAUCUUGCAAUGCAGUAUCGAAAUCCCUAUUCUCACGAACCUAGUCACCACCGUACCCCCCAUCGUCCCCGCCUACUCGCCUGGAAUAAACCCUGCGCCACUAUUCCGGGGAAUACUCAACCGGCUCGUCCCCCGUUUACCAAAUACACAGGACACCAACGGCUCACAGAAUCCGGAACAGACCAGCUCCAUCGAAGAGGGCCCUUUCUCAGGCCCCGAUCUAACAUCUACAUAUCCCCCACUCAGCUCCGCGCACAUGGAAGUAUUAGUUUCCGAAACGGUUUACGCCAUUAUUGCGAUUGGGGGACAUGAAAAUCCUCCGUCGCGACAUAUUGUUGGCCAAGAGGGCGUUGCAAGUGUUAAAGAGAAGUUGAAGACCGUCAGUGAGGAACUGGAGGAUUUCAUCCAAAGUAGCUUUGCGGUCGACUAUGCGGCUGAUUCUGAGCAAAGUCGCGCAGCUAGGGAGGAUAACAUGGUGUUCGGGCAAUCUAAUGAUACGUUCUGA